AUGUCUGAUGUCAAGAUCAAUUACGCCGCCAUCGCUGAAAAGAUGGGACCUGAAUGCACGGCCAAAGCCAUCAUCCACCGCAUAGCCAAGAUCAAGGACACGGCUCGGAAACUUGACGGAGGCGAAGCUGGAGCUGAAGCCGAAGGCGGCAAUACUCCACCCACAACACCAGCCAAGAGUCCCGGUUCCGCAAAGCGACGACGAUCAAAAGCAACUGGUGUUGACGGCAUUGAUGAAACCGACUCUCCAAGCGCCAAAAAGGGCAAGAUGUCACCUCGAGUGAAGCCCAAGCCCAGAGGCAAGGCGCAGGCACCAUCCGGCGUGAAACAAGAGGCAGCCGACCCUGAAUUUACUUCCGUCAAGAAGGAGGAGCUGGAAGAAGACAGCAACGACGGCUAUUAA